UUCUUAAAUGCCAGAUUCUUCUGUGCCUUUGCUGUGAAGGUGUUUUUCUGCUGAAGGAAAUGACUUCAAGGAGAAAAUAAUUCCAGCAUGGAGUAAGAGCUUGUGACAGAGACCAAGUGUUGCCAGCAGUUGCUCCAGGUGCUCCUGCCAACAGCCCCUGCAGGGAGGAGCACAGCCCCCAGUGCACGUGGGCUUUGGCUCCCUGUGGCACAGAAGCCCCCCGGGGGCACGGGUCUCUGGGGCAGGAGAUGGGCACCAGCGCUGCCAGGGCUGGGGGUGGCAGCUCUGCUUGGGGGGGACUCUGCCACAGCUGCUGAUGCCAGCGCUGCCCGGGCCCCAGGGCUCAGAGCAGCAUUGGUGCCCUGGCCCACACGUUCCUUGUCCGUGUCACAGCCGCGGGUUCAGGAUGGCCACCAGCUGGGACGUGUCCCAAGGAGGCCGUGCCAGCUUCUCUGGAAGGUCCCGUGCCCUUGCCAGCGCGGCUGCGUCGGCAGCCCUGGGGGCUCCUUCUGCUGCCCUGAGCCCGCAGAGCAGGGCAGCGUUUGCUGAUGGUUUGAGCCGCUCCUAAAGACCCUGUCAGGCUGUCUGAGACACUUGGGGCCAGGGAUUCCUUCCAAGCUGGGCCACUUUGGGUGGGCUGGGGGCGGCCCCAGGGCAGGGGGCAGUGUGUGCAGGGGCCCUUUGUGACACGGUGCAGCACGGUCAGCGUGGCAUGGAACGGGUGUCCAAGGGCCCUUUGUGACACGUGGUGACACAGGAGCUGGCGGUGACAAGACCACGCCACAGUGCUCGGAGCACGCGAAGGGACAGGACGGGACAGAGCGGUGCUGUGAGGAGCCCCCGCACAGCGCACUCGUUCGUGUCUGACCUGCAGCUUUUCCCAGGUGUUAUUCCUGCAGCUCUUUGCCAGAUCCAGCCAUGGAGCGGACACAAGGGCAGGACCCCGCCCGUGGCCUCUUCCGCAGAACAGCGCAGCUGGUCUGCAAAUUGAUCAAGAGAAUUCGGGAGGAAGAGACCAGCACCAUGGGCACUGGGCUCAGAGCAUACUCGCACAUCUUCAAAACCAAGACCAGUGCUGCCCUGCUGGAUAUGCUCGUAGAGGAGGGCUUUUCCAACCCAAAGCAAGUAAGCAGCCUCUGGCCAGGGUUUCAUCCUCCCAGCAAUUGCUUGGCCUCCCAAGCCACGCCCGCUGGUCCCUGUGAGCCUUUGAGGCCAUGGCAGCGUGCUGGGAAGGGAAGCACUUGUCUGGGGAAGCUGGGGACAUUCCUCCCUCUGGCAGCUUUCCAAAUCUCCCCGUGCCUUCUCCAGGUGCCCGCCAUGGUCAGGUACAUCCACCAGUGGCUCAUGGCCAAUCAGUUUGCUGAGCACAGGCUGAACAGGACCCUGCUGGAUCUCACCGAAGCCCAGCCCGCUGACGUACUCAUGACGCUGCUGCGUGUGGCCCCAUCCUGUGACAGGUAUGGGGCCCAGCUGCCCAGAGGGCUCAGGGCUCCCCAGCCCAUCAGCCUGUGCAGCCUGUGCCAGGUGUCUGAGCAACAGAGAGUUCCAGGGCCCUCUGGCUGCUCCCUUUGCCAGCCCUGGCACGGCAGUGCCCAAGCCUGCUGCCAUGCUGCCUCGCUGCCCCUCAGGGGCCUGUCCCCACAGGGCUGGGCUGCUGGCUGCUGCUGGCCAGUGGCAGUGGGCAGAGGCAGAGCUGGCAGCCAGCUCAGGUCCCCGCUGCUGCCCAGGCCACAGUGCUGUGUCCCAGACCCCCCUGAGACAGAGCUUUAACCCCACAGAGCUGCUCUGACCAUGUGGAAGAGCAUCAUGUGCUCGCCCAGGACUGCCGAGCCUGCGCUGCUGGUACUCCUGGAUGUGCUGGGGAGCUGGCAUGAGCACAGCACGGGCACCUCCGAUGGGGACAAAACGGGUGUCUUUGUCCUGGCUGUGAGUUUCUGCAAUUGGCCUUUGCUGGCCCCAAGGCCGCCUCUGCAGCAGCUCUCCAUCCUCCUUCCCCCACUGCAUCUCCCUGCCUCAGGCGCUGGGCUGAAACCUGGCCCAGGGGCAGCCACAGGGGCACCAGGCCCGGUGCUCCCCCUGCGUCUCUUUGGGCCUCUCCCUGCCGUGCUGGGGCCCUGCCACACGGACACCUCGGCACUGAGCGCUGUCUCGGGGCCUUUGUCCUUUGCAGGCAACUGUGGUGAUGUGGAACAUCCUCCAGGUGCCCUGUGUCCCACAUACGGUGACGGUGUAUUUCCCCCGCCUCUUUGUGCAUCUGCUCUUCCAAGUGCUCUUCAGCACUCUGGAUAUGCCAGAGGAGGUGGAUACCUUCUGGAAGGGAUGCCAAGAGCAAUACGGCCUUGCCACCAGCCCCAACAGGUGCUCCAUGCCAGUCCUCCUGUCCCUGCCACGUCCCUGGGCAGGAGCCAGUGCUCCCAGCGUGACCUGGGCUUUGCUCUGCACGCAGGUUUGCAGUGCAGACCCUCAAGUCCCUGCUCUGCCGAAUGCAGCACGAGGAUGUGGUGGUGGCCAUGGAACGCAGCUGUGGCUGGGACACGCUGCUGUGUGCUGACACCCAGCACCAUGCCGUGGGUCUGCUGGCAUGGUGAGACCCCCUUCUCCCCGCUGCCUCUGACAUUUGUGCUCUGUGCCCAGGGUGCCCCACACAGUCCCCACGGUCAUGGGCCAGAGGGCCUUGUCACCCAGGGACAGCCAAGCAGGCUGGAAAAGGCUGGGAGAGGAGGGUGCCCACAAGGAGCCGCUUCCAAAAUAGUCCAGGGCCCCUUGCAGGAUGCUGGGCAAAGACCAGACCUCUGUGAGUCAGUCCUGGCAGAGGUUUGUCCCCAUGGCCCACAGUCUUGGUUACUUCUUCUCCUGCUGCCAGGGAGAUGUCCUGUGUCUCCAUCUCCUUGUGUUCCCGGAUCGCUCGCUACCUGCUGCGGCUGCUCAGCACACAGGAGCCACGCUGGGAGCUGCCCGCCCUGGCGUUCCUUGUGGAGGUGAGCCUGAUGGCCAGCGCUGCCUGGCUGAGCUGCCUCCCAGCUCUCUGCCCUCUCGGAGCCGCAGCUGCCUGGGACGGUGCCCGCGCCCUGUGCUGCUGCCUGGGCCCAGCCCUGUGCGGUUCCGGGCUCCUGCCGGCCGGGUCCCCUGUCACUGCCCUGUGCCUUCCAGGUCCUCGAGCUCCUGCACUUGAGUGAACGCGGUGCUAAGAGAGUCCUGAAAAUCUUGUCAAGGCACCUGCGGAGCGAGUGCAGGGAGAGGCGUCGCCUGGCACUCAGGGCCCUGCUCGAGCUCACUGAGGAGCCCUCGAUGGUGAGAAGGGGGCAGGGGCUGAGCUGGGGAAUGCAGUCGUUUGGGCUCGGCUGGGCUUCGGGCGCUGGGGCAGCUGCUCCCAGUUCUCCUGCCUCCCGGUUCAGCUGCCCGAGUGUUUCAGGAAAGGCCUUUGGCCUUCAGGCCUUGCAGCAGCAG